CAAAGAAAAAAAAACUCAAAAACUUAUUCCAAUUCUCUUAUAAAAAUGUGGACCAACAAGUUUUUCUUCCUCCUUGCAGUUGCAUGCAUGGCUGUGUUAAGUACAGCUCAAACGUUGCCUUCGAUACCUGGACAGGACCCAGCAGACUGUCUGUCAUCGUUGGAAGUUAUUCCCAACUGUAUCUCAGAAAUUUUCGGAUCAAUAAUAAGUGGACAUAUCGGGACUGUUGGUCACUCUUGCUGCCAUGCCUUUUUGGUUCUUAAUGCAGAUUGUAUUACGCAGACGUUUGCCUUUGCUCCCCUCUUCCCUCCGAGUCUAAGGGAUCAUUGUUCCAAACAAUCUUUGCCAUAAUUAUUCUACAUGUUCUAGGUCAUAAUUAUCAAAUAGUGUUAUGUUUCUGCUUAAAUAACAACUCUUAAUUUCCAUGUAAACCCAUGUGACCAUCGUUAUCCAUAUUUCAUGUUGAUAUAAA